GUGCCGUCUGUGGUGAGAUUUGAAGAUCAAGUGGGCAGCUGGAUAGGAUCUAUAUGAAUAAUGGAUCAGAUUAAUAAUAUCCAGGUCGUUCCAUGUACCAGCUCCAAUCACCUGAAACCGUUCAGGGUGCAUUAUAGUCAGAACGGAACAAAGAAGUCGUGGGACUUCAUGCGAACUCAUGAAAGUGUCUCCAUCCUGAUCUUCAACACAACAUCGCACUGCUUUGUCUUGGUCAAGCAAUUCCGCCCAGCCGUGUACGUCUGCGAGUGGGAGAAGAGCAAGCCCAAGCAGGCGGAGGAGGAGAAGAAGAAGGAGGGGGAGGAGGUGGCACCGGAGGAGCAGACUGAGAAACAGCCGGCGGAGGAGGCGGAGGGAGAGGGGCAGGGGACGGGCGCGGAGACGAGGGAGACGGGGAGCGCUCCAGACCUCCCCCCGGCCUCGGCGGGGGUCACGUACGAGCUCUGCGCCGGCCCGGUGGACAAGCCCGACCUCCCUCUGGAGGAGGUCGCCCGGCAGGGGGUCCUGCAGGAGUGCGGCUACGACGUGCCUGUCGCCAAACUGCGGAAGAUCACCUCCUAUAGGUCGGGGGUGGGCGUGACGGGCGCCAAGCAGACCCUGUUCUACGCAGAGGUGUCGGAGGAGAACCACGUGGGCGUGGCCGUGGCCGAGGGCGAAGCCGAGCUGCGGGAGGGCGAGGUGGUCAAGGUGCCCCUCCACGAGGCCAUGACCUUCGCCUACGACGAGAGCAUCCCCAAAACCAUGGCCGUCAUCUUCAGCUUCGUCUGGUUCCACAACAACAUGUCACCCAAGUACAAGAUCUCCACCAACGUGUAACCGCGCCCUGCUCCCCCCCCCCUACACGGUCCAUAUCGUACGGGUGGUUGAGCAGUAUAUACGUUAAUACUGUUUUUCUUUGUGGUCGUUACUCUAUCGCCAUUUCUACACAAGCUGGUGUUCUGCUGCACUUCUAUUGAUUUAUUUUCAGCGUAGGUUAUUUUCUGAUGGCUCUGAAGUCUGUAUCACUGCAAGUUAUCCCUGCUGAAUUUGGCUGAAUGGAGAAUCUUGAAUUUUAAUGGCCUUGUUAACUCAGGCUAGCUCUCGCUGUAUGACUCUUACACUCCGUUGCUAUACACCGCACACUCCCUGUUCACUAUUAUAAUUCACUAUUAUAGUGCUCCCUCAGAGUGAUGUUCAAUUGGUUUCACGGACAGAAAAUGUGUCCUUACAAGAGAACUUGCAUGCGUUCUCCUUCUGGAAUAAUAGCUGCUCUUUUUCUUCCAACACACUAAGUAGCUGUGAGUAUGAGCAUAAUCAUGCCUAACAAUAAUAAUAAUGAUAAUAAUGAUUUGAAGAAGAUUACGAAGAUGAAGAAGAAGGAUAAGAAUAAUAUUAUUAUAAUUGCAAAUGCAACACUAUUGAACAGCAUAUACCUAACUAUAUUCAUGUCAGAAACUAAGGUUUAACUUUAAGAAAUGUGUUUAAUUGAGUUCUGUUUAUUCUAAAAUCAAAUUUUCUUGAAAGUAUAGAUCGUAUUUAAUUACUGCUGUGAUAUUACACUUUUUUGUAUUAAGGACAUGUUUCACACACACCUGAGCACACACAUACACACACACACACACACGCUUAAUGUACUGGAAUAUCCAGGUACUGUGCCAUUUAGUGUGACCAUAUAUUGGAUUUUAAAUAAAGAGGAACUGUGUGGGCGGAUGCUAUGUACUAGGCUAUUUUCAUUGUUUAGUUUGUUUAUAUGCAGUCUAUUGAACAAACAAGACCUAUCCGGACAUUUAUAGGAAUUUAAAAACCAGCCUGGAUGGACAUUGUGAGUCCCAAAAAGAAGAAAUGUCUGGGGAAAAGAGGGCGUCUGGUCAGCCUAGUGAGAUUGUAAGGUAUUGCAGCAACUGGCUUAUUGAAUGGUUGCAUUAUGGAAAGAAUUAUGUCGACUUUUUCAUUAUAUAUUUUUUUUCUAAUUCAUGCAGUUUACGUGUGUUACUCAAAGAGAAAAGGGGUAUCAUGUUAAUGUUGGUGAAGUUAAAAUAAUCCUGUCAGUUUUUGGGAUUGGGAUGGUUCCUCCACUGAUAUUGCAGUGAAGGGGAGGGCAGGAAAAAAGUCAUAAAAAUAUUUAUGUUUAAAAAUAUGGAUUAUGUAAAGUUUAAUUGUUUAUUGGCAUGCAAUGUCACCAGUUUCAUACAGCAAUAUAUGGUGCUCACCAAACUAGAAUACUGAAAUGGUAAUUGCUGAGUGAAAUUUUAGAUGAAUUUUACAUGGUGAUAACUUCUCAGCAUUGUAUAACAUUUAUUUUUGAGCUAUAUGAUACUGUAGCCAGUUAUAACAACAGCACUAUGUCAAAUUCUACUAAAUUUUUAUUUAGCAAUUGCAGGUUGACCUUAUGAAAUACAGCCUAAUUUUUGAAUUGUUAACCUAAUCAACCGUUGUGGACAGCUGACAUAUUUUAUACAGUAUUUCCAAAUGGACUGCGCAACUAAAGUGCUUGGGAACAAUCAAACACUGAAAAGCAACAAUGGCUAUCUCAGGUCUCAACAUUUUGAUAAUACUACGUGCCAUUCAGGGAGAGUGUACAACUAUGGCACAUGUACAGUACACUAUCUCAGUAUUCUUCAGAGAGCUACUAACAGCCUUUCAAACUGGUGUGGGAGACACUGGAAGUAGUGCAUACCAGUACAACUGAAUUUUAGUAGUACGUGAGGGACAUUUUUAAAUCAAAGGCAUAUGAAAUUGCCUAUGAAGCUUUUAAGGUUGAACAUGAAUAGCCUGAAAAUGUAGAAAUGUUUUCACUGUAAUGCUUCACAUGAGCAGGUUUGGCCCUUUUAACAUACUUCAGCAGUAGCUCUAGACUCCUUAUCCCCACAAUCAUGUCUACUCAGCAUACUUGUUAGUAUUAUAGUUGUCAGUACAUGCAAACACAGAUACCAGGGGUUUAAAAUGUGUUGGGAUAAUUUUGAUGCUGGUGGUAAUCUGCAGGCCAAACGGUGAGGAGGGCAUGUUUAAAGGAGUUUUCCCUCAUUCAAAUGGGUAUGAUACAAUUCCUGGUGACAUUUAAAACAUAUUAAAGGUCAUUAUAUAUUGUGUGUGAAAUCCAAAAUAUACAGGCUAUAUUGUGUCAAUUAUAUGUCUAAAUAUACUGUGCAUUUUUGAAAAUAUAUAAAUUAUUGCAGUGCUGAUGCAUGUGUAUAUCACAUAUUGCGCACAAAAUAUUUUACGAUAAAAAAUAAAUUGGUGCAGUAUGUAUGUAUAUAUAUAAUAAUACUUGUAAUUAUAUAUUUUGAAAUGUAUACUGUAUAUUUUGACAAACAGAAAUAUAGCUUGUACAUUUAUUAUCCUUAUAUUCUGGAUUUCAGAAUUUACAAUAUAGUGUAUGGCGCUAAAGGUAGGAGGUUCGUUUUCUUAAUUUUUUCUGUAAAACACCUUUUGCCUUCUGCCUGAGUUUUAUUUACUUAAACACACAGCAAAAUACCUAAGGGAAACUGGCACUUUACUGGAAAAAUCCAUAGCUUGGAGCCCAUUGUUUUACCCAAAACAUAGCUCUUUAACAUAAAUGUAUAAUUUACAAUAGGUAGUGUUUCUUUGUUAAUUCUUCCCAACAUAGACGUGUAACCUACAGUAGUGAUUCUUCUUACCCAAGUGUUUUGUGUUUCAGUGGGAAACCUGAAGGACCACAAAUUUGUGCUCAUUAUAUAUUUUUUUUAUUUCUAUUUGUUUUUAUUAUGCAUCAUAUCAAUGGCCCUCUUGACUGGUGUUCGUAGGAACUCACUUGGAGCUUGAAUUGUAAUGGGUGUGUCUGUUAAGAUUAAAUGAAUUCACUGUAUUGUUAGUGUAUUAGUAUUAAGUUAUUUAUCUUCUACUAUUGUCAAAUGAGCAUUUUCAAUGACGUUAGCUGUGACUGCACAUGUUAGCAGGAUACACAGGUACAUAAUGGUACACAGGUACAUAUUGAAAUGAAAGGUUUACAGGAUGUGUCAACAAAAACAUAGGCCUCUAUUGGCAAAGUUUUGCUAAAGCUGUUUGAAAGAUUUUUUUAUGUAGCUUGCACUGAAAUUUUGUUGAAUCUAUUUUAUGAGGAAAAGUGUUGAAAUGAGCCUCUGCAAGUUUCUAAAAUAUGCCAGUUUUUUUGAAUAUCUUCUUAUUUUGUGUAUGCUUGAUUCAAAGUGAAGUUGGCAGUGAUCAUUAUGUAUCAUUUCUGUUCAUAUUCCAUUGAUUUUGUAUUUUCAAUUUUUUUAAAUAUCACUUUUUAUCAUCUUAAUACUUUGCAUUGUUUUUACAAGUUGCAUGUGUCUUGUGCUGUUUUGUUGCGUUGAAAAACUGUAAAUAAAAAGGGUUUAAUACCCAAAAUCUCA